GGGGGGCGGUGAUGAAGAGGAGGAGCAGCUGGUCUCGGUUCAGUCUGUCGCAACGUUUUCUUCUUUUCUUUGUUUCACGUCAAAAGUUCUGAUGGACGAACUCUGAACCGGAUCAAACCGGAUUCAAACCCAUUUUAACCCGGAUUAACGGCGCUGAAACUGCGGGACGCGGGGGACCCGGACCCUGAGAGGGACCCGAAGGGACUCAGCGUUAGACCUGAUUUCUGCAGUUUGGAUCAGAAUCCGGAUCAUGGGUCGGGACGACAGGCGGACUGAGUAAAAACUAUUUAUUUUGUCUCCAUGGAGACCGAAAAUUUUCCUGCCAGUUGAAAGCUGAUCACAGUCUGAUCGAGUAUCGAUAUCCUGAUUGAUCGAUUAUUGAUCAGCGCGAUGGGCGCGCUCCUCCUGCUGCUGCUCGCGCUCUCGACCUGCGGACACGCCAAGAGCGCGUUCCCGCUGCGCUCCUCCUAUAGCCUGUACGCCGGUGGACACGCGCAGGCGCACGCAGCGCGCGCUGCCAGCAGACACAGGAACUGGUGUGCAUUUGUUGUGACAAAGACGGUGAGCUGUGUAGUCGAGGACGGUGUGGAAACCUACGUGAAGCCAGAUUAUCAUCCCUGCAGCUGGGGAAGUGGAACAUGCAGCAGAGUGGUGGCAUAUCGGACCUACAUGAGGCCACGGUACAAAGUGGCCUACAAGAUGGUGACAGAGAUGGAGUGGAAGUGUUGCCAAGGUUACAGUGGAGAGGACUGCAAUGAUGGCCCAGCUGGAGGAACAGGAAGUCAGAUUGCCACCACUAGACCUCAACCCAGACCAGGACAGGGAGGGGGGAUGAGCUAUGGACAGGGUGCUGGUGGUCAGGGAGGAGGUGGGACAAGGUAUGGACAGGAAGGAAGAGGUUCUGGAGGAGGCAGUUCUGGAUCUGGACAGAGUGGAGGACACAUUGGACGAGUCGAGAAUGAGAAGAUGAGGCAGAUGGAGGAGAAGAUUCAAAGUCUGACUAAGAACCUUCAAGACCUUCAGUCCACCAUGAACACCAUGAAUGAACACUUCCAGCAGGGGGUGAACAAACCAGGUUUCAGUGGAGGAGGUCCAUCCUCGGGAGGAAGAAACCCUGCUGAUGCAGCUCAACCAGAGAUUAAAGAAACAAUUCACAGCAUUCAGACCAAAUUGGACCAGCUGGACAACCGCACACAGGCUCAUGACAAAACCCUGGUCAACAUCAACAACCACCUGGUGAAUGGGAAAGGGAACGACCUGGAUGGAGGUCUGUCCGGAGGAGGACUCAGUGGAGGGAAGCUGAACUUGCUGAAGGAGGAGAUCCUGAGAGAGCUGGAGAGGAGGGUGUCUUUGUCCUGCUCAUCCUGUCAGGCUGGUGUGGAGGAUCUGCGCCGACAGCAGCAGGAGGACAGAGAGAGGAUUCGAGCUCUGGAGAAGCAGCUAAAUGCCAUGGACGUCCGUUAUCGGCAGGGACUGGACGGGCUGCGACAGGAGGUGGUGCGUUCACAAGGAUGUUGUGAUACAGUCAGUGACCUUCAAAACCGCAUCACUGAUGCUGAGCGCAAGAUCAGCUCUGCCUCGGAGAACUUGGACGUUCUGCAGAACCGCCUGGACAAGGAGCUAAGCGGAGAAGGCGGCAGCAGCAACAACAAUGAAAAUGACCGCUUCAGAGGAGGUUUUGGUGGUGGAAUCGAGGGCGGUGGGAGAGAUGUUGUGCUGACAGAGAAUAGACUGGACAAUCGGCUGAAGGACCUGGAGCGGCGAAUCAACAACACUGUGCAACGGACAGAGCAAAGCUGCUCAUAUCUGGAGAAUGACCUGAAAGACUACUUCCACAGAGAAUUGGGAGACCUCAGGACAGUGUUUCUGGACCGAUUUGACGACCAGGCCUAUAGAAUUGCAGAUGUGGAGCUGGAUGUGGGGCUGGUAAAGGACAGGGUGAGUGAUCAUGACAAGAGGCUGUCAAAGUUGGAAAACAACACCUCCAUCUUGAGUCAGAAGCUGGAGGAGUGCAGCUGUUCAAGGGCUGAAGGAGGAGGAAAGUCAUCAACUCCUGGUGACCGGGGAAAUGGAGGAGGAAGGUGGGAAGGAGGAGGUGGUGGUGAUGACAAUGGGGGAGCAGGUGGACAUGAAGGAGGGUCUACAGGAGAAGGAACUACAGGAAAAGGAUCUACAGGAGGAGGGAAAAGGGGAGGAUUAUCUGGGAUGGGAGGACAAAAAGAAAAUACAACAGAGAAAUCACUGGAAUGGAGAGUGGUUGCCAACGAAGAUCAGAUUCGACACUUUAAUACUCAACUCAAAGACCUGUCGGUGUCUGGAGACUCUCUGCACAACAAGGUGGUGGACCUGAGCCAUGAUGUCCGUAAGAUCAAGUCUUUGACGGGGGAUCAUGGUGAACACUUUAGUCGGAUUGUGACGGAGGUAGAACUGCUGGGGCAGGACUGUGAGUUGUGUGGGAAGGUGGAGGAGGAGCUGCAGAGGCUCAAGAAUCAUUCCCAGGAUGCACUAGGACGCAUGCAGAGUCACAUUAAUAGACUCCAGAUCAGACUGGACUCAGGGAGAGAAAGCUGCUACCAGAUCUGUUCACACCUGGAGGAUGAAGUUCACCUGCUUCGAGAUGAUGUCAGGAGGUGCACCGUCCAAUGUAAGAACAGCCCUGAAAUGCCCACAGGUGGUGGUGGUUCUGGUGGCACUGGUGUUAGCAGUGGACGCAGACCUGGGUUGGAUGCCGAGAAGCCUCUAGACGGCCACAGUGUGAUUGGAGGCUCCCUGAAUAACAACCAGCUGAAGACACUGCAGGGCGAACUUUCCGAGGUCAUCCUCACCUUCAGUUCCAUCAACGACACCCUGAAAGGGCUCGAACACACGGUGCAGAAGCAUGGAAGUGUCAUCACAGACCUUGGAAACACCAAGGAUAAGAUCAUCUCUGAGCUGGACAAAAUACAGCAGGAGGUGACAGAGCACGUCGAGGACAGCCGCGACCGCCUGGAUGGGAUGGACCGGGAUGUCCGGCGGUUUGAGAACACUCUGCUGGUGGAGAUGGGCGACUGUAAGAGGUCUGGCGAUGGGCUGGAGAAGAGGCUGUCGAAGCUGGAGGGAGUCUGCGGGAGGCUGGAUGGUGUCUCUGACUCCAUCCUGAAAAUCAAAGACGGACUGAACCAACAUGUGUCAAGUUUGUGGACAUGUGUUUCUGGUCUGAAUGACUCUGUCAUCCAUCACGGAGGAAUCAUGGACUUUAUUCAGAAGAACCAGGAUGACGUUUACAGCAGGAUGAAGAACCUGAACACAAGCCUGAACCAGGUCCUGAAAGACAUCCAGAGUUUCUCUGAACACAACCUGACGGGCCCACCUGGAACCCCAGGACCCCCAGGAGAAAGAGGGCUGCAAGGUCCUCGAGGGCCUUUAGGACCUCCUGGACGACAAGGUGAAAGUGGAACACGAGGUCUGCCCGGUCCCAAAGGUGAACCAGGUAUACCUGGCAUUGAUGCUCAUGUCCCCAGACUGUCGUUCUCUGCUGCACUCACUGUUCCAAUGGAACGAGCUGGAACCAUAGUUUUUGACAAGAUCUUUGUCAAUGAAGGAGAUUUCUAUGACCCAAGAACAGGUAUUUUCACCGCCCCUGUAGAUGGACAUUACUUCUUCAGUGCUAUUCUGACAGGUCAUAAGAAUGAGAAGAUCGAGGCGGUUCUGUCCAAGUCAAACUAUGGCAUGGCCCGGGUUGACUCUGGAGGUUACCAGCCCGAAGGCCUGGAGAACAACCCCGUGGCUGAGGCCAAAACAAUUCCAGGAUCUCUGGCUGUCUUCAACAUCAUCCUGCCUCUGCAGACUCGGGACACAGUCUGCAUCGACCUGGUGAUGGGCAAACUGGCCCACUCUGUGGAGCCUCUCACUAUCUUCAGUGGCAUGCUGCUGUAUGAAGACAUGUGACGUGAUCAAUCAAUGACGCCACAGAACCUGAACAACUAGAUUUAAGAUUCAUGACAAACCCACAGGAGGCUUAAACGUAAAGUAUGAUGUCACUUGCUAAUUCAGGAGUGAUGUGUUGCCAGAAUGUUUUAAAAACAGAUUUCUGUGUUUGUAUUCCAUCACAUCACAUUGGUUUUAUCUUAUUAUUCUAAAGAGUGUUUGUGUCACAUGGUUACGACAGCAGGGGUCGAUUUACCAUCUGAUUGCUUCAAUUCAGUCAUCUGAUCAGAUAUGGUCGCAUGAUCUGACACUGAUGAUGGCUGUAAACCAGGAUCAGUUGAGGCCUAUCAGGCCUGGUUUCUAUAUAGGGAUUCCUGUGUGGAAUAAUUACAAUGCUGGUAACGCCUCCUACAGGCUGCGGAGUACAUUACAGGCAAUCUGAACAAUUACGAAUCACUGAGGUCAGGGAGCUACAGAACACAUCAUGGACUCAUUCAAACCUGCAUGGUUCAUCUUCUGAAGAGCAGGACCACAAUCAAAAGUUUAUUGAUCAUCUGACUGUUGUUGACUGGUAGAUGUUAUUGUGGACCAAGGUGCUGGACAGAUGGAUGGACAGUCAUCGCUAUCCCUAAGCACUGCCCCUGGCAGGUUAGAUGCCGUCAUGGCGACAGUGACAGUGUCACUUUUAAUAUGAUAAAACGCUUUUAACAGAAAAUGUGUUUGUUUAAUUUGAUGACUGAGAUGAGUUUAUGUUUUAUAUGAAGCUGCAUCUUUUUUUAAACUUUCUGCAUAGUAUUUAAUCCAAUAUCACAAAAGACAAGGCUGGAAAUUCAUAAGCAUUUAAAGUUCUGAUCAUUUACUUAAGGUUUUAAUAACAAUGUAGGCAUACUUACAGGUAAAACAGCAUUUUAAAUGUUAUUUAAGUGAAAAUACCGAAGAUUAAUCAACAAAAUGAACUUAUUAAAAGAACUAUAAUGGAGCUCCAUGAUACACAAGUAAAAUAUAUCAGGCUUUACACACUUUACACACUGUGCACAACAAUAGAAUAGUUCGGUAUCAUUAGACUUGUAGUUUAAAAUAUUUUUUUUGUGCAUGUAGCUGAAAAUGACACUCAAUAGCAAACAGCAUCAUCAGAUGAAACACAUCUAAUGAUGCUGUUUGUUUUCAUGGUAACUCUUGACAAAUCAAACAUGAACUACAUCAAGACAUUGUGUCAUCAGCUGAGGAUUGAUGUUUCAGUUUGUCAUUAUACUGAACAGUAUAACAUUAACACAUCACACAUUCCCACUUUGAGAAACUGAAUACAGAAUGAGUUCAGUGACUUCAUAUGAUCUGUUGCAUUAAAGGUGGUGAAUAUUUAAAGUUGCAAUAUUCUGAUUAUCAUUUACACUGAGAAAAGCAGAUUUUAGAAACAUUAUUUUCUGUCAGGAUUUAGCUCCAGUUCUCAUGUAAACCUCCAUUUACACUUCACCUUUUGUAUUAAUGAAUACUUUUCACUGUCAUUAAACACAAGUCAAACCCA